AUGGACGUGGACGUGAACGUGGACGUGGACGUGGACGUGGACUUGGACGUGGACGUGGACUUGGACGUGGACCUGGACGUGGACAUGGACGUGGACAUGGACGUGGACGUGGACGUGGACGUGGACCUGGACUUGGACGUGGACGUGGACCUGGAUGUGGAUGAGGACGUGGACAUGGACGUGGACAUGGACGUGGACAUGGACGUGGACAUGGACGUGGACAUGGACGUGGACAUGGACGUGGACAUGGACGUGGACAUGGACGUGGACGUGGACGUGGACAUGGACAUGGACGUGGACAUAGACGUGGACAUAGACGUGGACAUGGACGUGGACGUGGACGUGGACAUGGACGUGGACGUGGACAUGGACGUGGACAUGGACGUGGACGUGGACGUGGACGUGGACAUGGACAUGGACGUGGACGUGGACGUGGACGUGGACAUGGACAUGGACGUGGACGUGGACGUGGACGUGGACGUUGACAUGGACGUGGACGUGGACGUGGACGUGGACGUGGACAUGGACGUGGACGUGGACAUGGACGUGGACGUGGACGUGGACAUGGACGUGGACGUGGACGUGGACGUGGAUGUGGACGUGGACGUGGACGUGGACAUGGACAUGGACGUGGAUGUGGACGUAGACGUGGACGUGGACGUGGACGUGGACAUGGACGUGGACUUGGACGUGGACAUGGACGUGGACAUGGACGUGGACAUGGACGUGGACGUGGACGUGGACGUGGACGUGGACGUGGACAUGGACGUGGACGUGGACAUGGACGUGGACGUGGACAUGGACAUGGACGUGGACGUGGACCUGGACGUGGACGUGGACGUGGACGUGGACGUGGACGUGGACAUGGACGUGGACGUGGACGUGGACGUGGACAUGGAUAUGGACGUGGAGGUGGACAUGGACAUGGACGUGAACGUGGACGUGGACGUGGACAUGGACGUGGACAUGGACAUGGACGUGGACGUAGACGUGGACGUGGACGUGAACGUGGACUUGGACGUGGACAUGGACGUGGACUUGGACGUGGACGUGGACGUGGACGUGGACGUGGACGUGGACAUGGACGUGGACGUGGACGUGGACAUGGACGUGGACGUGGACGUGGACGUGGACGACGUGGACGUGGACGUGGACAUGGACGUGGUGGACGUGGACGUGGACAUGGACAUGGACGUGGAGAUGGACGUGGACGUGGACGUGGACAUGGACAUGGUGGACGUGGACGUGGACAUGGACAUGGACGUGGACAUGGACAUGGACGUGGACGUGGACGUGGAGGUGGACGUGGACAUGGACGUGGACGUGGACGUGGAUAUGGACGUGGAUAUGGACAUGGACGUGGACGGGGACGUGGACAUGGACAUGGACGUGGAGAUGGACGUGGACGUGGACGUGGACAUGGACAUGGUGGACGUGGACGUGGACAUGGACAUGGACGUGGACAUGGACAUGGACGUGGACGUGGACGUGGAGGUGGACGUGGACAUGGACGUGGACGUGGACGUGGAUAUGGACGUGGAUAUGGACAUGGACGUGGACGGGGACGUGGACAUGGACAUGGACGUGGACGUGGACGUGGACGUGGACAUGGACGUGGACGUGGACGUGGACAUGGACGUGGACAUGGACAUGGACGUGGACGUGGACGUGGAGGUGGACAUGGACGUGGACGUGGACGUGGACAUGGACGUGGACGUGGACGUGGACGUGGACAUGACAUGGACGUGGACAUGGACGUGGACGUGGACGUGGACGUGGACAUGCACGUGGACGUGGACCUGGAACGUGGACGUAGACGUGGACGUGGACGUGGACGUGGACGUGGACAGGGACGUGCACGUGGACGUGGACGUGGACGUGGACGUGGACGUGGACGUGGACAUGGAUGUGAACAUGGACGUGGACGUGGACGUGGACGUGGACGAUGCACGUGGACGUGGACAUGGACUGGACGUGGACGUGGAACGUGGACAUGGACGUGGACGUGGACGUGGACGUGGACGUGGACGUGGACGUGGACGUGGACAUGGACGUGGACAUGGACGUGGACGUGGACGUGGACGUGGACUUGACGUGGACAUGGACGUGGACUUGGACGUGGACGUGGACGUGGACAUGUACGUGGACAUGGACGUGGACGUGGACGUGGACCUGGACGUGGACAUGGACGUGGACGUGGACGUGGACGUGGACGUGGACAUGGACGUGGACGUGGACGUGGACGUGGACGUGGACAUGGACGUGGACAUGGACGUGGACGUGGACGUGGACAUGGACGUGGACGUGGACGUGGACGUGGACAUGGACGUGGACGUGGACGUGGACGUGGACGUGGACGUGGACAUGGACGUGGACAUGGACGUGGACAUGGACGUGGACGUGGACGUGGACGUGGACGUGGACGUGGACAUGGACGUGGACGUGGACGUGGACAUGGACGUGGACGUGGACGUGGACGUGGACGUGGACGUGGACGUGGACGUGGACGUGGACGUGGACGUGGACGUGGACGUGGACAUGGACGUGGACGUGGACGUGGACGUGGACGUGGACAUGGACGUGGACGUGGACGUGGACGUGGACGUGGACAUGGACGUGGACGUGGACGUGGACAUGGACGUGGACAUGGACAUGGACGUGGACGUGGACGUGGACGUGGACGUGGACGUGGACGUGGACGUGGACGUGGACGUGGACAUGGACGUGGACGUGGACGUGGACGUGGACGUGGACGUGGACAUGGACGUGGACGUGGACGUGGACGUGGACGUGGACGUGGACGUGGACGUGGACUGGACGUGGACGUGGACGUGA